UAAAAGUGUCAAACGUACGUGUCAGUGCAAACAAUACACACAGAGAAGAGGAAAAAGGGAAAAAAAUAUAAAUAUUGACAUUGUUAAAUUGCUUUCUCUGAUCCGUAGAACUGUCUUAUUUUUCGUAAAUUAUCCUCUUCAUUUGAACUAUUCUUCAAAAUGAGUCAACCUCCAACGAUUGGUUGGAAUGAGAAAGUGAUUUCUGAUGGAUCCAGUUCAUCCAAUCAACAGACGUUGUAUCCUCGUCUUCCUCCCUCGGCUCCGAGUGAUGACGAUGAUAAUUGGCCAAAGAAGUGCAGUUCGGGAACUAAACACAAACGGUCCUCAUCAUCCAGCUCAUCAUCCAGCAGCACAAGUACUAGCUCAUCGGAAUCUGAUAAAAAUAAGGACAAAAACCUGACACACGAAAUGAAGAAAAAGGCGAGAAAGGAGGCGAAACGACUAAGAAGGGAACAAAAGCGUCAGCAUAAGCGCGAGAAGAAAGAGUACAAAAAAGCGAAGAAGUUGGAAAAGAGGCAGAAAAAAAUGGAACGUAAAGCACAGGAAGAAUCAUUGAUGGAUCAAGAUGAUUGUGGUCCACCAAUAUCUCUGAUGAACACUAAGGCCAGAGCCCCGCAAACCAAAGAGGACUACGACAAAAUUCAAAGCAAUAUCAGACGUGUUGUGGACCCAGAGACCGGGCGAACACGGCUGAUCAAAGGUGAAGGUGAAAUACUGGAAGAAAUCGUGACCAGAGAUCGUCACAAGGCAAUAAACAGGCAUGCCACAAAGGCCGACGGAGAAUUUUUCAAAUCCAGAACAGUCGGAUGGGCAGCUGAUUAAUGAUAUAAACAAUAAAAACGAGUUUGGUCAAUCACUGCACGUUCUAUUAUCGUGUACAUUACAUUAUUAUACUGGAGUGUACGCAUGCAAUGAUUGUACAAUGAAUUUCAAUUUGGUUCUACACUAUUAAUAAUACAGGAGUUGGGAUUUUUAUUCUGGUGGGUGAAGCACAUUUCCUUCUUCUUCUUCUUCUUUUAUUUGAAUUUCUAUAAAAAAAAUGCUGUGUCCUAUGUCAAUGAUAAAAUGAAUAAAAAAAGAUUUAAUUU